UCUUUCAUUGGUUCAGAACGACAUCAAGUUUGAAACUUUUUUUCUGACCAAGUAGGCGGGGGGAGUCUGGUUACGCCAACAGAAAACUUGUAACCGAUCUCAGAGUGUCCGCGAGACGAAAACACUCUUAAUAAUUCACACUUCUGCGCCUGGUUGCAGAACAAAAGAGCAGCGGAGAACUGCUUUUGUAUAGUGGAUAUUCGGCGAACAAAAGUAACGUUAGUGGGGUGAAUAUGUUGUAAAACCACUUCCUCUGUGGCAAGGAUGAAGAAGUCUUGAGUGACUUUGCUCUGAUUAAUUUGUCAACUUUUGCUGGCGGAUCGCUCCCGUGGCUCGGUGAACCGUAGAGAAAGACUCGAGCAUGGACUCCUUCAGCACCAAGAGCUUGGCCCUGCAGGCGCAGAAGAAGCUGAUGAGCAAGAUGGCCACCAAGAGCAUGGCCAAUCUCUUUAUAGACGACACCAGCAGCGAGGUGCUGGACGAGCUGUACCGCGUCACCAAGGAGUACACGCGCAACCGCAAAGAGUCGCAGAAGAUCAUUAAAAACCUGAUCAAGAUGGUGGUGAAGCUGGGAGUGCUCUACAGAAACAACCAGUUUAACAGUGAGGAGCUGAUCGUGGUGGACAACUUCAGGAAGAAGGUCCACACUCUGGCCAUGACGGCGGUCAGUUUCCACCAGAUCGAGUUCACCUUCGACCGCCGUGUUAUGAGCUCCAUUUUGAACGACUGCCGAGAGCUGCUGCACCAGGCCAUCAAACGCCACCUGACGGCCAAGAGCCACUCGCGGGUCAAUCACGUCUUCAAUCACUUCGCCGACUGUGACUUCCUGGCGGCCCUGUACGGGCCCUCCGAGGUCUACCGGGCCCACCUGCAGAGGAUCUGUAACGGGGUCAAUAAGAUGCUGGACGAGGGGAACCUCUGACCUCUGUGUGUCUCCACUUCAGGCACGUUUACCUCUCAUCAUCCCUUCAUGUUGGAUAUUCUGUUGUUUUUCUUUUUUUUUUUAACGACAAUCAUGAACAUUUGUACUUUUUAUGUACUGGUCUGUGGUGCUUUCCAGAUACUGUAACACCGAUAUUCUCUUCCUACAUUUAUCCAAAGACUGCUCCUUAAACAACCUGUUUGGUUUUCUGUCUUUUAUAUAAAUGAAUGUAAAACUUUAUGCUCUUAUCAGUAUAUUCACGAGUAGGAGCCUUGACAACUGUGCCUUGAAACACAUAUUUUAUCGUUUUUUCCAAGGACUCCUUGGCUCUUUUCUUUUGUUAAAACCAUAAAUCAAGGCACAAGCCUUCAGGUUUUAUCUUUAUUAUGUGUCUGUUAGGGACAUGCACCUAGAGAGGGGGAAAUUAUCUAGCAAGGGUUUUGGAGAAGUGAUUAUUUCUUUAUGUUCUUCUAAAAGUAGUGUUGCACUUAAUCCUGAACAAGCGCUGUACUGUACCUCCCUGCAGUAAUGAUACCAUGUGAGGCACAGCUGCUGGCUAAUCCUGCUUAGCCUGCAUUUUGCCGCUCUCACCACCACCGAGCAUUGAUGUUCGGAAAGAGAGGCCAGGAGUUUAUUUAUAAGGCAAAUUGUAAUGGUCUGUUUUCUGGCUGUUACAGGAAACAAAGUAUUUGGGUUAAAGGACCAGAAAUAUGAAGGUAUUUGUUUGCGCUGUCGAUUACUUUGAGUUGUGUUCUCAUGAGGCCAGUAAUCAUCACACUGGGGAAGCAGCAUGACUUGGCAACAGGUGUGAAGCUUGCUCGGGCAUUUUUAUCAAAGGGAAAUUGAUAUAAGCUGAAAGAAGUUGCCAUAAAAGAUGUUUGAGCCCAGGGCAGCCUUCGAUUCAUCCUAAAAGCACAAAAACUCUGGUUCUGAUUCCGUCAGAUCUGAACUAAAACGACUUCCUGCGAGCCAUCAGAUGAAAAUCUGGUGGAAAGCGUGACUCCUCGUCUGUGUAGAGGACUGGGAUAGGUAUAGAAAACCAGAGCAGAGACAAACACGCAGCAACCUCUCAGCAAUUACAGCUCCCCACUCCGAGGUGCCAUAAUGGCCUGGAGCUUGCCUCUGUCGAGCAGCUACUCCAUGUCCCCACGUUGCAGCCCCACGUGAUGCGACGGCGGUAGCCGUCUCCGUUUGCACGGACCAGAAGUGAACGAUGCUGUUCCUCCUCUUUAUAAGUGGUGUGUGUAGAGCUACAACUAUCCCUCUGUAACCUCACGCCCUUCCUUUUUGUCAAUGUGCUUUUUAUCACCGACUCUCUGAGAGAUUGUUUCAUGCUGCAGCCUCAUUUUGUAUUCUGUGUGUGUGUGUGUGUGUGUGUGUGUGUGUGAGAGAGAGAAUUGGAAAUUGAGCCAUGUAAUAAGUGCUGUGCUUCCCCAGAAAGGAUUGCUGAAACUAACUUAUUCCUCAGCAGCUCAGCCAAAGAAAUAGGAGGGAUGUUAUUCAAAAUGCAGUCCCUUUCAGAAUAAUGUUACCCACCUGCUAAUCGCUAAUGCGCUCUUGAUAAUAAAGAUGGUGACUUGGGUUUUCAGCCUGUUUUUACUCGCUUUUUAAAUAUUUAGAGGACUUGCUGGACUAAAGUCUUGUUAGCUGGAGCUGUUUGACUGCAUCAUUUUGGAAAGCUUUGAAGUAAAUCCUUCCCCUCCGAAGAGUCGGUUUUAAUUGUCUUUCUGUACUUUUUACUCCAUUCACAUCUCAGGGAUAGCUUAAACCUAAAAGUGUAAAAUGUGCUCUGAAACACCACGAGCCACUGCAUCAGCCUGACUUACUUCUCUUACACGCCCACACUUAAGGUUCUCUUCGUGUUGCUUUUGGACAUUUGUGAAUUAUUUUCUUUAUGUACAUACAAAUGUUCCUUUGUGCCUCUGUAUUGUAUUCCUACAUGACAAAUAUGUUACAUGCUACUUUUUAUAAAAUGACUAAACCUU